GAGAAUUCUUCACAGCACAAACGUAACAAACAGCACCUCUAGCGUGUGUGCCUAAACAAAAUAGCUUCAUACAUCCGUGACAGGGUUUUUUGAGACGGAAAAAAUGGCAAUGGCAAAGGCUCAGGACUUGGUUUCAUCUAAUGCAGUGGUGGUCUUCAGCAAAACUUACUGCCCGUAUUGCACCUCGGUGAAGAAAUUGUUUAAUGAUCUUGGCGUCACCUACAAGCUCGUUGAAAUGGAUGUUGAAAGUGAUGGGAGUGAAAUUCAAGCAGCACUAGCUGAAUGGACUAAACAGAGGACUGUGCCAAAUGUUUUUAUUGGAGGGAAGCAUAUUGGGGGCUGUGAUGAUGUAUUUGCCUUGCGCAAGAGUGAAAAACUUGUUCCUUUGUUGACUGAAGCCAAAGCUCUUCCUGGUAGUUCUUAAUUCUGAGGUGUUAAAUUCUGCUGUGAGGAUACAUUACUGAAAUAAAUAAUGGUUCGUUGUCUGCUGGCCGGUGUUUAGCGAUAAUCUUAUGUGUCAGUAGAUAAAUGCUUUUAAUUUGAACUUGAUGUAUGUGUGGUGAUUUGGUUAAUGGUAUCAGGUUGGAGUACA